AUGUCAAGCCCACCUUCAACUUACCCUAUUAAAGGGAUAUUUUACUUUUUUUCGAAUUUGAGUCUUAUUCGAAGAAUAAUUUGCGUAUUAUUCUUAACUUUAAUAGUAGCUAUACUAUUUCUGUUCUUAGCCUUUAUUUUCAUAUUACCACUUCAAGCUAAUGGUCUUAUUGACGUUGGUUGUCCAGAAUGGCUAGCCUGGACUGUGUCUGUAAUAUUUUGUUUGUUAGAGGCAGUCGUAUCAACUAUUAUAUUUUAUUUAAUCGUGACUCCAAUAUGGCAAGAUGCUUUGUUUGAUGAUGUUUUGAGAUUAAAAGGCUUGGGUCAUGUAUUGGAAAAACGAACUUCAGAUGUUGGUUGUCUAAGUUUUUGUUCGGGACUUACAACGACAUUUGUUUCAGUCUUGGUUCAAUGGACUGUUAAUCAAUCUUUAAAAUUCGCUUGGAAGAAUCGUCCGGAAUAUAUCUCGUUUGGUUUCAUUGCUGUAGCCCUUGAAUUAAUUCCAGUUGCGAAUUUCAUUUUAGUCUGGACAAACGUUGUAGGUGCCGCAUUAUGGACCGCUGAUGUGAUUCUUGAGGAACAAAGUGAUAAUCUUGUCGCUGAUAGAGCUGGAUCAUCUGCUGCUUAUCAAGAGGCAAAUAGGAUGGAUGGUUCGACCAAUAAUAAGUAUGGUUCUACUGACAAUACUUAA